CGAACUCUGCGAAAUUCCUUAGUUGCAAGUUCCAAACAUAUCAAGUUCUUCUUCUUCUUCCUUCCUUCGUGUUCCGCCCGAGAAGAUCGAAGUAACUGGGAAAAAUAAUCGAAAGAGAUCUGUCUGGUGGGAAUAAUAAUGGCUCUGACAUGCGUGAAUAUGUCGGAAGAUGUGUGGUUAACUUGCCUGACUCACGCAUUGUCCACCGAGACCGAAGAGAUCAUGGGUCUCCUCCUCGGCGACAUCCAGUACUCGAAGAACGGAAGCGCGACGGCUAUGAUAUGGGGAGCAUCGCCGCAGUCAAGGUCUGAUAGGCAGAAGGAUCGUGUAGAAACCAACCCUGAACAGCUGGCUGCUGCUUCUGCUCAGGCUGAGAGAAUGAGCAUAUCAACGGGGAGAACAACACGUGUGAUUGGAUGGUAUCACUCCCAUCCUCAUAUCACCGUCCUUCCUUCCCAUGUCGAUGUUCGGACACAAGCAAUGUAUCAGCUUCUUGAUUCUGGUUUUAUUGGCCUCAUUUUCUCCUGUUUUAGUGAAGAUGCUAACAAGAUUGGUAGAAUCCAAGUUAUCGCUUUCCAGUCCUCUGAUGGGAACUCCAACACUCCUCCUAAAUCAAUGAGCCUGGUUCUUUCAAAUAAAGACUCUGUCAUCGAUCUAGAGUCCUCUUUAAGCUCUUCAGACUCAGUAUACCAGAGUUCCUCUUCUGCUAAGGGACACAAUCAUGACCAAGACACAACUGAUACAGCUUCAUCUUCCGGACCUAAGGGUGGGGGACGAGUUUCAGAUUUUGGGGCUUUCUUUGUUAAAAAUGCUGAGGCCAAAGCCACCGGGACGAGUGGAAACUACAGCUCAGCUGUGGAAAUUGAUUCAAUGGACAUGUCUGAAAGCAUGCAAGAAGCCAUGCUCCGUUCCAACUUGGAAACUAGUGGUGUGGGGUACGUUAAGAAAGAAGUCCCGCUUCAUGUUUUACCGACUUCAUCACUUCUUCAGCUCAAUUCACCUUUAGCCUCUUUUAAAGAUCUACAACGAGUGCUCUACGAGGAGGAACGAGCAGCGUACCACCAAUCAGUCCUGCAAAGCAUGAGAAAUGGGAAAGUUCAUCCCCUUGCUUUCAUUCACAACACAUCAACAUAUCAGGCUUCCAUGUGCAAGCUGAUCGAGUACUGCUUGAGUCCUGCGGUUAACGCACUUCAAGAUAGGCUGAGGGAAAACAAGAUCCGGUUAGCAAUGCUGAUGAGUGAAGCUGAAGGUCUGGAAGCACAGAAACUUAAAGGACCGGAAACGAGUGGAGGGACAUCUCGUUUGGUUCAUGGUUCUGGCAGCCGAAGCAGAAGAGGAUCCUAAGACUAAGAGGGAGGCAAUAUAAUAUCGAAUGCAUUUUUACUCUUUGUGUAUUGAGCUAUUUGGACAUUGUGUUUUCUUUCAUUUGUAUCAUAUUAAGGCAUCUAACGUUAAACUCAUGUAAUCAUGUAACAUGAUGCCUUUGUUAGAUGACUUUCAUUUGUAUCAUAUUAAGGCAUUCAGAAAA